AUGCCUCCGACACGUCGUCCGCCGGCUGUUGCCAGAAGUCGAGAGGAAGUUCAUUCAGCUUCCACGCAAGCCACUCGUACUGGGGAGGGUGGGUUGGUGAGGAAGGGGACUCGGAGGAAGGAGGGCGGGCCGAGGCCGGGCCGAGAGGAGGAAGACCCGA